AUGGCCAAUAUGAAUGAUCAAGAAGCUUGCGCCAGAUGUCUCAGGAAGCAGAUCGCUUGUCAGAGAACAUCACCUUCCCGCAAAUCCUGUGACGAAUGCAACCUCCGUCAUCGUAAAUGUUCCAUCGUUGCCGCCCGGUCCCUCUCUCCUGCUCUCAAGAGGAAUAUCAACAAGAAGAAGAACAAGGCCCACGGCACCAAAGCAUCGGCUGGCCGAUCCAGAUCUUCCAUCGGUCUGGCCGCUAGCUGCUCGACCCCAUCCAGCUCCAAGCGUGCCAGCGCAACUGGAUUGAUGAGACUCAAGAGACGGAAAGAAGAAGUCGAUGGCACUUUCCACUCUUCCGAAUCCGGCUUACUCGCUCGCAGUCCGCCGGCACCACUCCUGCCGACUCGUUAUAAUCUACUCCAUCAAUUCCCCUUGUUGACCCGGUCCCCCUCGGCCACUACUCCAUUAAACCAACCACAAGUCUCGCAGGACGAGCCUGCAGAUUGCUCAGCUCGAGCUGAUCAGUCAAGUUCAGCCCAUCCUCCCGCCGGGUCUGAAGUAGCUCAUCAUUCGGCCAUCACCACUCGAUCUGUCCACUGUUCUAGUUCUUGGCCCGGUUCAUCCCCCUUGACCGAAUUAUCUUCCCAGCCCAGCCGAUCUCCAACCGAAUCUCUGCCUGCAUCCGGCCACUUCCAUCUUCAACAAGAGGAAGAAGAUCAACCCGGGAUUGACUCGGCCAUCCCGAAUCGAUCUGUCCGUUUCUCUUCUUGUCCAUUAUCAUCACCCUUGACCGAGUUAUCUUCCCGAUCGGCGUCCCCGAUCACUUCGCUUCGAUCAUCAUCUGACCCGCCUUCCCAGAGUAGUAGUAGUAGUAGUAGUAGUAGUAGUAGUAGUAGUACUAGGAGUGGUAGUAGUAUGGACAGUCAAGAGGCCGCCUGGUGGAGCGAGAUCAUCCCCGACAACACCUCUCUCUCAACAACCGUCCUCCGCUCUCAGACAGUCUCCAGCUUCCUGCAGGACUUCGGCAAACGUUACGUGGCUGCCUUGGCCGCGGAUAUCACCACCCCCGUCUCCCAUCGUCGCAAAUUGAGUCGCCAGUUCUUCCGCGAUUGCGAUUCUUUAAUGAGCUCUGCCGAGUCCGCUUUCAUCCCCUCUGCCAACCCCUAA